AUGCAACGGGUGGUCAACACCAAUGGCAUUCCAUUCUCAAAGAAAAAUGGUGCAAGAGUCGAGUGCAUGCGCGUGGGUGUCUACCGUGCAGAUAUCAAGGAGACCUUCAAGAUCGAGCCCUCAGCGGUGCAGACCUUGCUGGACCAUUUGAAGGGCACCGUGGAUUUCUUCUUGACGCAAGAGGAAAAGGUGAAGCUUGAGGAUGUCGAAGACUAUGAGGAAGUCCUCGCAGAAGUCGAAACCCAACUGCGGGCACUCUGCGACCCUGACAAGGUAGCUGCGCAAGUGGGUCGUUUGACACACGAACACUCGCCCUUGAAGACGCAGGUGGAAGAGGAGCACGAGUAUCAGCUUCAGCUGGUGGAAUACGAGGUCAUUGAAGGGAAGGGUGGCAUCAAAUCGGGAGGGAAAAAGGUGAAGAAAUCCUCCUACCGCGUGGUCAAGGAUGAUUUUCCCUUGAUCUACCACUUGGACGUGGGCGCCAUGUACCCCAACAUCAUUUUGUCGAAUCGCCUUCAGCCCAUGGCCAUCGUCAGCAAGGAGUUCUGCAACUCCUGUACCUACAACGACCCAAGCAACAAUUGUCAACGAGAGAUGGACUGGAAGUGGCGCGGGGAUCUUUACAUGGCCACCAGGGCAGAUGUGAAAGCCAUCAUCAACGAGAUGGAGAGCGAAAAGCGGCGCUACAAUUCCAAGGACAAAGAGACCGGAGAGGUGAAACGAGUGAAGUGGAGUGAGUUGCAUCCCAAGGAGCAGACAGAAGAAAUCACCAAGGCAGUGAGACAAUUCUCACAGAAGGCCUACAAACGCCUGAAAAGUUCGGUCUAUGAGGAUAAGCGAGACAUUGUGUGCCAGCGUGAGAAUCCGUUCUAUGUCAAUACCGUCUUGAACUUUCGAGACCGUCGCUACAUGUUCAAACGACGGACAAAAGAGUGGAACAAGAAGCUGGAGAAGGCUGAAGAAAGUGGUGAUUUGGUGGCCAAGAGCGAAGCCAAGGACAUGGUGCUUCUGAAUGACUCCUUGCAGUUGGCCCACAAGUGCAUUCUCAACUCUUUCUACGGCUACGUCAUGCGAAAGGGAGCUCGCUGGCAUUCCAUGAAGAUGGCUGGCAUCGUGACCUACACGGGGGCCAACCUCAUCCGAGAGGCUCGGGAGUUCUGCGAGCAAGUGGGUCUUCCCCUGGAGCUGGACACCGACGGCAUCUGGUGCCUCUUGCCCAAGAGCUUUCCGGACACCUUCAAGAUUAAGAUGAAAGGUGGCAAGGAGAUCAAAAUGCCAUAUCCCAACUGCGUGUUGAACUAUCGCGUGCACCAAAAGUACACCAACCACCAAUACCAAGAUUGGGACAAUGAGACCAAGAGCUGGAAGACUUCCAGCCAAAAUUCCAUCCUCUUCGAGAUUGAUGGACCCUACAAGGCCAUGAUUCUGCCCGCCAGUACAGAGGAAGACAAAAUGCUCAAAAAACGCUAUGCCGUCUACAACUUCGAUGGGCCGCUGGGUCACAAACAAACACCAUCAGGGGAAAUUCAGGCCUAG